AUGCGCUUGUCAAUUUCGUGUGAUGCUUGUCGACAAGCCAAGGUCAAGUGCGUCCAUGAGGGCCACCCACCUUGUCGACGCUGCCACCGCCUCGGUCAACCGUCUUGCGUCCUGGCCGAUCCUCGAGUUUCACCGUUGAGGCCAAAGAAGGACUCAUCAUUUCGAGUUCAACGGAGAGAUGGGCCUUCAUCGAGAUCGACAGAAAUUAUACCAGAGGCAAUUACACAACCCUCUGUGGAUCAUACCUGUCAAUGUGCCCCCGCAAACCCCAUCGCCUCCUUGCCGACGGCCACCAUCGUGAGCGCCUGCGACACGUACCGGAAGAAGUUCCCCGUCGCCAAUUUCCUUCACUAUCCCACAUUGAUUGCCGAUAUUUCAAAUAACCCGACAGCGGUGGACCCGGUAUUUGUGGCCUCCUUGCUCUGUCUAUGUGCGCGUUUCAUGAAAGGACAUCAGCUAGACCGGGAACAUGUGUACGCGGACUACGCGCGCACUCAGCUGGCACGUCGUGUUUUUGAGGCGCCCUCCUUGUACCUCGCUCAGUCGCUCGUGAUGGUUACCUUUUAUGAAUGGGGUUCAGGUCGCCCCUACAAAGCCUGGAUGUACAGUGGGAUGGCAACCUAUAUGAUCCAAUCGCUGUUGAAGACUGCAGACGACAGCAUGGAGCAUAACCCAGAAGAAUUUAACGCGUCCCAAAUUCAAUAUGAGCAGUUGGUUAGGACAUACUGGUGCUGUUUUGCUCAGGACUGCGAGCUAAGUUCGGGAGCUCGCCAGCACUUUGCUCUGUCAUUUCGCCAGAUCUCGGUCCCUCUCCCCAUUAGCGACCAGGACUUCAAUUUCGGCCGUCGUUCGACGUCCCGACUGAUGCCAGCAAAUAUGAACCGACAUUCGUUGCUGUCAUCUGACUUGACAAUUGAUCGGGGCUUGACCAUCGUAACUCGUGGGUUUGAUAUCUUUGUACGCAUUCUACGAUUUGCAAACGAAAGCCGUCGGGGUCGCACAUCAUCACCGGCUGUCCUAUCCUCCCCACAAUUGACAUGGCAAAACCUCAAGGAAGAGCUUGAUGAAUGGAGGUCUCUGCAAGAUAUCACAGUUCGAUAUCCUGCAACAAGCGCCCAGGCCCAUGUUGCCCUUGGGUAUGGGGAGCUUUUCGCUUACAUCAACCUAGUUUAUUUCAUGAGCAUUCUUUUUCUCCAUCGUGACUCUGUCCUCUCUGGCUCGAAGCUUUUAGUCGACAGAUCGGUAAACGCGAUCGAAGAGUCCGUCGGGUGCGAUGGGGCCAUUGACCAACUUUUCGAGGCCGCGCAAAACAUAAAUGGUGUCCUGUCCGCGCUCGAAGCAUCCGAAACGCCCGUAAUAACUCCCUAUGCUGGUUUCAGCGUGUUUGUUGCAGCACACAUCAAUAUGUACGGCACUGUUUCUCCACUUCGGUACCCUGGUGGACGUCAGAGGGCCGAGCAAGAAAGGAAAGCCAAUUUUUCGUACUUGGAGCGUCUCUGUGAGUACUGGCCGGUCGGCCAUAGCUGGUGGCGGACCGUAAGGGAAGCGGAUAAGUUCUAUCGAACUGCCAAAAGCAGCCACAAUCCCGGCGAUCGUCCCAGUCAUCUCACCCUUGCAGGAACACUGGACGAGUAUGGAGACAUUCGGUCUUCUCGCCCCCGGCAUGACCUUUCUAUAUCUAUGCGAAGGCGCGAUGCAGCGUCAUCUGAUACGAUUGAUUCGACACAAGAAGACCGACGAUUCAACCGAAAUAGCCAAACAAAUGUUAUGUCAGGCGAUCAAGGAAUCAUUGACUCUUACGAUCUGGAGGCUGAAAUGCUGCAAUGGCCUUUCAUUGACGAAACGUGGUUCCAUGGAUUCGAUACAGGGUUCGAUGCGGCAUGGCCAAAUCUGGGGUAAAGUGAUCAGUCAGGCAUGUACUUGAUAUUUUUAGCGGUUUGGGAUCCGGCCAGCUACCUUGGAUCGACUUUUAUUUCCUUUUGGGAAUGCUUAUAUCAUUGAUGCAGUCACCUUUGACUGCUUCCCAAGAGCGACCGACCACAGGAACCAGGCUGAGCGGCUAAAGUCCUUGUCGAAUGCCUAGCAUUGCAAACCGGAUGCGUUCGAAGCCUAGACUGACCUUAAUACGUUCAAUUUAUGACCGUUACAUCGUUCUUGCGACAAAACGCCCUAAAAGGUUCGAAGCCCAAUCCUUUUUGCGACCCAAUU